AUGGCCGCUAUCAUCAAGCCUCACAAGGUGGACCGGUCACCAUUCUACUCACAUGUCACGCAUUCCACUGGAAACGCAACCAUGGUAACUAUGGCGGGGCAAAUCGGACGGAAGACGGACGGUAGCAUACCAGCAGACCCCGUGGAGCAAAUCAGCGAAGCCUACGUUAACCUUGGACGUUGCCUCGAGGCCGCCGGUGCACAGGUGAAAGACAUCCUUAGAUUGGUAUACUACAUCGUAGGGUUUGACCACAACAACCCGCGGCAUCGACAGCCAUAUCUGGACUUCAUUGGCGACCACCGACCAGCAACAACCCUGGUACCUGUCGAAAAGUUGGCCCUUCCAGGAAUCAUCUUUGAGGUUGAAGCAACUGCUGCUAUCCCUCAGUCUCCUCCUGAGACGGUCGAUGUUGUGGUGGUCGGCGCUGGACUCAGUGGGCUACAGACUGCGGUCGAUCUACACAAAGCUGGACUGAAGGUUAAGGUAUGCGAAGCUCGGGAUCGAGUUGGAGGGAAGACGUACUCCGUGCCAGCCCAAGUAAGUGUUUGUGACGUUGGCGCGGCAUGGAUCAACGACACGAAUCAAGCACGAAUGUACGCUCUGGCCAGACGCUUUGGUCUCGAUUUGAUUGUCCAGAAUACAGAAGGCUCAAUAGUCGUAGAUGCUGGUGUAGGGGACUUCAAAACCCACCCCUAUGGACAACUCAACCCUGGUGCGAAUGACGGAGCCCGCAUAGCCGACAUCGUCCGCAUUCGAGAUCUUAUUGACAUCACCAGCACUGUGGCCUCGGGCAAGAAAAUCAGAGAAGACCUAGAUGACAUUACUCUCGAAGACUGGGUCAAGUCUCAUGCUCCUACAUGUGACGAUGCGUUGAAUGCACUAAAGGUCGGAACUCGAGCUAUGCUUGGUGUUGAGCCGUCCGAAUUGUCAGCUCUCUACUUCCUCGAUUACUGCAAGUCGGGAGGAGGUUAUAUGCUAAUGCGUAGCGACAAGAAAGAUGGAGGACAGUAUAUCCGCAUUGCUCAAGGAACCCAGUCGUUUAGCAGAGGGCUUGCUAGUGAGCUUCCCCCUGAUUCGAUCGCAUUCGUUUCGCCAGUAAGACGCAUCGAGCAGAAGCCUGGCGGAGUUCAAGUAACUGCGGCAAGAGGCGUCUACAAUGCGUCUCGUGUCGUCGUCUCGGUUCCAACACCACUCUACAAAGAGAUCAUUUUCAACCCUCCACUCCCGGCGGACAAGGUUGAAAUGUCUCAGUCGACUUUACUCGGCGAUUACUGCAAGUCGAUCGUCUUUUACAAAUCUCCCUGGUGGCGGCAGCACAAUCUCUGCGGCCUGGCGCAGUCUUGCUACGGACCCUUCGCCGUGACAAGAGAAUCGAGCGUGGACGCUGACAACCAAUUCUCACUGACCUGCUUCGUCGUGGGCCAGCCCGCUCGCGAAUGGAUGAAGCUUCCGCGUGCUGGUCGCGACCACGCCGUUCUUGAGCAGCUGGAGAAGCUGUACGGUCCGUUCGCGGCGGUCGAAAAGCCGAUCGAGAUUGCGGAACAGAUUUGGCAGGCAAGUCUGAGAGCCACAUUUGCCCGGCCAAAUACUGAUUGUUGGGACAGAACGAACAAUGGAGCCAGGGCUGUCCGUGUCCAGUAA